UAAAACCUGAAAUGGCGCUUUCCAUUUGAAUGAAGCAGUCCCAUCGCCAUCGUCUGUUGAUCCUUCUUCUUCCUGCAGCUGCUCGCGUAUAUAUAUAUACACCCACAAUAUGUUCUCUUCAUAAAAUCCAACGACAAAAUGGCCACAAUAUUGCCUCUGCACCCGUCCACUGUUCGUCUCUCCGUUUUCCUACUUGUUCUUGCCUUUUCCUGGUCUGCCUCUGGACGGCCAGCCACUUUCCUGGAGGAUUUCAGAAUUACUUGGUCCGAUUCUCAUAUCAGGCAAAUCAAUGGCGGCCGGGCCAUCCAGCUUGUUCUCGACCAGAACUCAGGUUGUGGGUUUGCCUCCAAGAGGCAGUACUUGUUCGGGCGAGUUAGCAUGAAGAUCAAGCUCAUCCCCGGCGAUUCUGCCGGGACGGUGACCGCCUUUUAUAUGAAUUCGGACACUGACACGGUGCGCGACGAGCUGGAUUUCGAGUUCUUGGGGAACCGGACGGGGCAGCCGUACACGGUGCAGACCAAUGUGUAUGCGCAUGGGAAGGGAGACCGAGAGGAAAGAGUCAACCUUUGGUUCGAUCCUGCAGCUGAGUUCCAUACUUACUCAAUAUUAUGGAACCAUUACCAUGUUGUCUUUUAUGUGGAUGAAGUACCCAUCAGAGUGUACAGGAACAACCAAGCGAGAGGCAUCCCAUACCCGAAGCUCCAGCCCAUGGGAGUCUACUCGACGCUUUGGGAAGCCGAUGAUUGGGCGACGAGAGGGGGGCUUGAGAAGAUCGAUUGGAGCAAAGCCCCUUUCUACGCGUAUUACAGUGACUUUGACAUUGAAGGUUGCCCGGUUCCAGGCCCCAACAACUGCGCUUCCAACCCCACAAACUGGUGGGAAGGGGCUGCUUAUAAGCAGCUCAGCCCCGUCGAAGCCAAAAGGUACCGGUGGGUUCGGACGAACCAUUUGAUCUAUGACUACUGUAGUGACAAAUCGAGGUACCCAGUUGCCCCACCAGAAUGCGUGGCUCGAAUCUGAUUAAAUAAGUCUUUCCUUGAUCCAUCUCCAUGUUGUCGGAUUCUUGGGCACAGUUGUGAUGUUAUACUGGGCCUCUGUGAUGGAAACCAUGCACAGGAAAAGGGGGUAUAGAGGAUGAGAUCUACAAUAAAAUCAAAAUGUAUUUCCUGUACUUAAAAAAGUUUGCGAUUGUGAGGGGUUUCGUGUCCAAGGAGAGAUGACAAUGGCCAGUGUCAACUCGUGUGUGCACUCUUUGGACAUUGUGUGCCAAUAAUUAUGCUUUUGUGUGAUUGUGAGAUGCAUUGUGUUCUUAAUUUCCAGUGCUGUUACUUUACUCGAGUAAUGAUGAUAUCGCAAAGUUACAGAUU